UCAUGGUGAUAAGACCGAUUCUUAAGAAUCUUCAUAACAAUAAAGCAUGUCCUUAAUUUACUCUUCUAUAUUGUCUUUUUGUCUCUAUAACCAUUUCGAUUUUAGAUCAAGUAUAGAAUUUUAAGUUAUUAUAGGAUGACUCUCAAACAAAUAAGGAAUAAUACACUCUAGGAAUAGUAUUAAUAGUCUUCAGUGAAAUUAUAAUAAUAGUAUCAAUGUGUCAGAAUUAUAAUUUAAGAAAGACUAUCUAAUGGACACUCUUUUGUUUAAAAUUAAUUGGAAUGGCAUUAAUGUUUAACAAAAAUCCUCAUCAAAUAAUACUCUACCUCGGUAGCAUUCUAUCUUAAUUUGUCUAUCUUAACUAAUUUUCAAGUCAUUAAGAAACUAAUGAAAUUCAAUAAACUUAUAGUCAAGUCAAUAAUAUCAUCUAAUAGUUUUUAGAUUCUUAAAACAAAUGGUCUAAAUAGAUGAGAAUUAGAUUAUAAUUUAUUUAAGGAAUUCAAACAACUAAAUAAUUAACUAUCAAAGAAUAAUUUCAGAUUGAAAAAAUAUUAACUUAUAGUAUUAAUUCAGAAAUGUGGAAAAAUAAAUUUAAUAAAUACAUCCUCUAAUUAUAAUCAAUAUAUAAAGAAUAAUUUAUUAGAUAUCAGAUUGUGAAUUAAAGAUUAAAGAAUAAUUUUCAAAUUUUAGUAAGUAGAUUAAAUUCAUAUGGCAAAAAAUUAGAUGAUGAAUUUUAUCUAAGUACUUAGAUAUCUUCAUUAACAUUUAAAGACAAGAAUUAAUUUAAUUAAAAUAGUUUAAAUCUUCUCGACUCUCUAAGAAAUUCUUAAUCUAAGAUUAUUGAAUGGUUAAAUAAUGAAGAAAGUAAUCUAAAUGAAACAAUUACUCUUUUAUUAAAAGAAAGUGAAUUAUUAAAAGAUUAAUUAAAUGAAAAAGAAUAAUAAUUCUUAUCCAAUGCUGUUAAUCAAUUUGCAAACAUAUUGAUGUCACUUAAUUUUGAUAAAUAAUAAUUGACAUAUAAUAUUAUUCAAUAAUAAUCAGAUUUAAGAUAAUUAAAACAUAAAUAUAUUAGAAGAUUGAAUAAAAUAAAAUAAUUCUAAUAAUAAGUUUCUUUUGGUGAAUGUAAAGAGAUUGAAUUUAAUUAGAUUCAAUCUCUUGAACUUCAUUUUAAAGAUAGAAUCAAAUAGUUAUGUUAAGAAGAUUAAACUACACUUUUAGAGAAAUAAAUAAAUGAAACAGUUGAUGAAAUAUUAUAAAUAUUCAAAGAGAAGUAGAGAUUAGAGGAUGAAAAUUUAAGUUUAAAAGGACUUCUAACUUAAACAGAGAGUUAAUUAAUGUUUGAAGAGAGUUAGAGAUUGUUAACAAAAAAUGAUGAAUCAUUUGCUUAGUCAAAAAUAUGUACUCACAGAUGA